AGAAUCGAGUGACAUGUGACUAAGUUUUGUCCGCGCCAAAGUUUGGUAUUGGAAAAGGAAAAAGAAAUGGGACAACCAAUGAUUAAUUAGCGUUGCUUAGUAGGAUUUGUUCAUGAUGAUUAGGUAUAUCCUCAAAGUCAAACAUUUCAAAAAAAAACGUUGGUGGGUCCUCCAAACCUGAUUGUAAUUUAGAAGUCCCUUUUGACUAGGAAGUUUCUUGGUUUGUUCUUCCAAGGUUUUCCGGGCCAAAUUUCCCGUGUGCGUUGGUGCAUCUACAUGGGGGCGUUUGACUAAUGCACGCGCCGCUUGGUGUCUGGUUCAAAGUUGCUGAACCAGCACCAGAAGACAGCGAUGGGAGGUUUACGACCAAUUCAAACCAACCCCGGUUGAUUUUUUCUGCAAAUGCUUUCCACACCCACUCUCCUGCCUUUUUCUUCUAUGCUCUGCAAUCCUCUGCCUCCUCCUUCCAGUCCCAAAUGAGUCUCCAAAGCUUCAUGUGCGGAGCUCAUUGUCGCCAGUCGGUCCUUGUCUUCGUCUUCGCCAACUUGGUCUAUCGGGCUCUGUCGGAUGGUGCGCAAUACGAGGACUGCGCACCUCGGAACUGCGGAUAUGGCCCGAACAUCAGCUACCCUUUCUGGAUUUCUGGCGUGCAGGAGUCCUAUUGUGGCUAUCCGAAUUUCGAGAUUUCCUGCAUAGAGAUGUACCCUUUCCUGAAUUUCUCGGACAGUGAGUUCAUCAUCAAGGAUAUCUUCUAUGCGAACCAUUCGUUCCUUCUGGUUAAUGCCCUCCUGUACCAGGACUCCUGUGGUGCUCCGCCUCGUAAUAUCAGCCUCGAAAGGACGCCUUUCAAUCUCGUUUCCUGUGAUGUUGAUUUCUUCUUCUACUAUAAUUGCACCUCGAAGCCGACAGGUUUUACAUAUCCAGUGGACUGUGCUAACGACUACACCGACAAUUCUUUUGCUCUCUUCCCCGAUAAAGCAUUCCAAGAAAUGGAUUUGUAUUCUGCCAUCAGCUCCUGCGAUUCCCCAGUUAGUGUACCUGUUGAUGUUAAUGCAAAUCUCACCAGCUUGGUGUCUAUGAAUUACACUGAGAUUUUGGAGAUGGGGUUCCUUUUGAACUGGACUGCAAUUAAUUGCAGCAACUGCGAGGGAAGUGAGGGACGGUGUGGAUUCGAGAACAAUAAUUUCGUUUGCUUUUGCCAAGAUGGUGCUCAUUCUCUAACCUGCAAUGAUGGAAAGAACCAUAUUGGUCGUAAACUUGGAAUAGGUUUUGGUAGUGCAGCAGGUGGAAUGGCACUGGUAAUUAUUAUACUCUUCAUCUAUCGAUCUCGCCAAAGAAAAAAAUAUGACCAGUCAUCCUAUGUCUCGAGAAGCAUGUCCUCUAUUUACUCCUCCAGGACAGAUUUCGAGAAGGGCAGUCUCUACUAUGGACUGCCCAUCUUUGACUACGACGAACUGAAAAAAGCUACCAACAAUUUCGAUCCAGCAGAGGAACUUGGUGAUGGAGGCUUUGGCACUGUUUUCAAAGGCAAACUCCGAGAUGGGCGUGUCGUUGCAGUUAAGAGAUUAUAUGAAAGCAACUACAAAAGAGUCGAGCAGUUCAUGAAUGAAGUUGAAAUACUAACCCGCUUGCGCCACCCGAAUCUAGUCUCACUGUAUGGCUGCACCUCCCGGCAGAGCCAUAGACUCCUGCUCGUGUAUGAAUACGUGCCAAACGGCACAGUGGCUGAUCAUAUUCACGGCGAUCUAGCUAAACCCGGCUCGCCCCCGUGGCCCACCCGUUUGAACAUAGCCAUAGAAACCGCAGACGCAUUGGUGUAUCUCCACGCAUCUGUUGUUAUCCAUCGAGAUGUGAAGACCAACAACAUCCUGCUGGACGAGAACUUCAGUGUCAAGGUUGCGGAUUUCGGUUUGUCGCGCCUCUUCCCACUUGAUGUCACCCAUGUUUCAACUGCUCCUCAAGGGACACCGGGUUAUGUCGAUCCAGAAUACCACCAAUGCUACCAGUUGACUGAGAAGAGCGACGUGUAUAGCUUCGGAGUAGUCUUAAUGGAGCUCAUAUCUUCCUUGCCAGCAGUUGAUAUCACUAGGCAUCGCCACGAGAUAAAUCUGUCAGCCCUGGCCAUAAGCAAGAUCCAAAGCCAUGCCUUGCACGAGCUUGUAGAUCGAAAUCUCGGGUACGAUACAGACUAUAGGACUAGAAAAAUGAUUACUGCGGUGGCAGAGUUGGGCUUCCAAUGCUUGCAAGAAGGCCAUGACAUGAGACCAUCCAUGAAAGAGGUAUUGGAAACACUGAAGGACAUACAAAACUGCGGCUGUGACAUGGAGAAGUCGGACGAAAUGGAUAAUCCAUCGGAUGAUGCUGUUCUGCUGAAGAACAAUCCGCUAACACUUUCGCCGGUUUCGGUCACGGCGAAAUGGACUAGCAACGAUACGACGCCCAAUGCCAGUGGUUAGGUGCCAUUACAGGAGACAGAUUCUUCUGAAGAUAGCUGAUAUGUACAGUAGUGAGGUAAUGUGUAUGAGUGAGGUAAAGAGAAUAACCACAUUAUGAUAUGUUUCCUUUCUUUGUUUGUCGUCACUUUCUUCCAUACUGGGCAUCUUCGCUGAGAUGUGAAUAUUCUGUGGAUGAGAGAAAGUAGUUGGCACAAUUUCUUCUUUGUUC